AUGAAUCCGUUGAAAUGUGCAUUUGGUGCCAUCUCUGGAAAAUUUCUCGACUUCGUUGUUCGACACCAAGGCAUUGAAAUAGAUCAAUCAAAAAUUGAUGCCAUAAUCAAUAUGCCAGAACCAAGAAAUGUACGUGAGUUGAAAAGUUUUCAAGGAAAACUUCCAUACAUUCGAAAAUUUAUCUCUAACCUUGCCAAACGAUGUCAUCCAUUUGACAAAUUGGAGAAGAAAGAUGUACCAUUUGGAUGGGACGACGCUUGUCAAAAUGCUUUCCAAAGCAUUAAACAAUAUGUCUCGUCCACCAGUACUCACAGUUCCAGUCCCAGGGAAGCCACUAACUGUUUAUAUUGCGGCACAAGAAUAUUCUCUAGGAGCACUUCUUGUCCAAGUCAACGAUAA